GUUGCUUCCGACUGCAUCCACCAAAAGCACUUCUCUUCGAUACCACGCGUGCUAUUUGCCAUGGACCACGGGUCCCCCUUCAAGGAGCUAGCAUGCCUCAAGAACAGGAGGAAUGCGGUAAACUGUCUUCCCCGCGACGCUAUUCUUUGUGUGUUGUUGGCUGGGACUCCAGACUUGUUUGGAUGCCACCGUUGGUCUGUAUUAGUUUGCUAUAGGUGUACCCUAGUCAUGAGAGGGAGCCGUCCUCCUGCUGGUUUUCUACUUUUUGUCACUGUUUUAUUUUGUGGAUUUCUUGUUUUGGGGGAUCAGUAGAAUCAUAUGAGCAAUGGUGAUCGAAAAUACUUAUUUUCUCUUUCCUUAUUGACCAUUCUGUCUUAGAGGUUUCCUGCGUUGUUUCUCCUAUAGUUGGUUGCGUCCAUGGGGUUUCGAGGAGGGAAUCCUCUUUCGUUACCCUGCAAAGCAAGCUGUAGUUGAACUUUUACCGGUACAAUUAAUGUCUAUUAGUAGUUAAACUAAUAAACUAGUAAAGUGAUUGAGCUAUUAUAUAUAUAUGUUGUGCGGUGCAGGGUGGGUUAAACAUGGUGACCAUGGCCGCACUAUCGUGGCCGCCAUCGCGAUGGCAACUGUUGUGCCAGUCACGAGCAUGGGCAUCACUGGUCAAGACCUAGAGUCGGAGGAGUCACUAUGGGAUCUCUAUGAGCGCUGGUGCGCGUUCAACGAGGUGGCGCGUGAGCCCGAUGAGAAGUUGAUGCGCUUUAGCAUCUUCAAACAGAAUGUGCGCUUCAUUCAUGAGAAUAACCAGGGCGACGCGCGCUCCAAGCUCGGACUCAACAUUUUCGCCGACAAGACCCAUGCCGAGCUACCCAAAGUCGAAGCUGAUUGCACCUCGGCGGGCCACCUCCCGUACCACUUCGAUUACAUGCCUCAUACCGCAAUCACCAACGAGGACCUCCCUGACCGCGUUGAUUGGCGGGACCACCACGCGGUGACAAGCGUCAAGAAUCAAGGGCAGUAUUGCGGCGCAUGUUGGGCCUUCGUAGCCGCUGGCGCUGUGGAGGGCAUAACUGCUAUCAAGACCGGCAAGCUGGAGGAUCUGUCGCCACAGAUGCUCGUCGACUGCGACAAAGCUAACCUUGGUUGCAGAUGUGGCGAGUCGUGGCGAGCCUUGGAUUUCAUAAAAAAGAACCGUAUAGCGACAGACAGGGCUUACCCGUACGACGGCAUUCAGCGUCGGUGCCACAUGAGGGCGGAUGGCCUUUCCCGCUUUGCUUCCAUAGAAGGGUUCCAUGUAGUAUACGGCAGCGAGAGGGCCUUGAUGGCGGCGGUGGCGAUCCAGCCCGUCAUAGUGGAAAUCGGGCUCGACAUAUAUUUCCACUAUUACAGCGAGGACAUGGGCAUGUACACUGGUCCGUGCAACAAAACCAUCACCCACGCCAUCUUGGUGGUCGGUUAUGGCACGGACGCAUUCCUACGAAGAUACUGGAUCUUGAAGAACUCGUGGGGAACCAAAUAGGGUCAUGGAGGGUACAUGUACAUGGCGCGCGAUGUGGGAGGCCCUCAGGGCCUAUGUGCCAUCCUAACCUUCCCGAUCGUUCCGGUGUGGAGACCUAAGGUCUCAGCCAAUCCCACCGAUAUCCCUAAGCACUCCUAGCUAGUGUAAGAAUCUCUUCUUCGGUCAGCAUCUGUCUAACUUAUUCAGAGCAGAUAACGAAGACUAGUCUAUUUUACCAUCAAAGUGCAUGUGAUGAUCUGUACUAACAAUGGAUUGUGAUCGUUAAGCGUGGCUCAGGGCUUCGAUCGAUAUUCUUCCUUCUUCACAUGCUUAAUGAACACCCUUACUAGGCUCCUUGCUCAUUGUUCUUCCUUGUUGCUUAUAGCCGGCUGACAUUUACAUUUAUCAAUUCUACUACUCCCUUCGGUCCAUAUUAAUUGUCGAUGAAAUGGAUGUAUCUAGACGUAUUUCAGUACUAGAUAUAUCAUAUAUCUAUUUGAGCGACAACUAAUAUGGAUCUGAGGGAGUAUUGUUUCUUGCAUGUGUAUUCCCGAAGGUUCAGUUUAAAGUAAGCUUCAGUAGCCCAGCUUUCAGGAUCGGGUCUGUUUCUACUUGUAUUGUGUUCUUGGCCUUGCAUUUGGAUUGGACUUGACUUUAAAAAAAUUGCACUUACGAUUCGAAUGCAACUGAUUGGAAGCUAGUAGUAGUAGCAUUCUUUCUAUUUUUGCAAUGUAGCCAUCAUAUAUCGUCAGGAUUUAGCAACAGUUCAUAGAGUCAAAGAGGUAGUCUAAACUAAUUUUUUA